AUGACACUGUCACCGACGCUACUACUUGUAGAUUCGACCUCAACCAGCACAGCAAACAUCAAUUCCAUAGAAAAGAAAUCUCGCAGCAGCCAGUCCACGGUGAUGGGAAUGGCCAUCGGCUAUGAUCUGUUUGUGUUUCAGAGAUUUGUGGGUUCCCUUCGUCGGAGUGGUUUUACAGGCACCAUCAUUCUCGGCGUCGAUCCGCAAAAGGUGGAUUCCAAAGUGGAAGAAUACCUGUUGGCCAAGAAUGUGACAACGAAAUUCAUUCAACAUGUCAACUGUUCUACUCCAUUUGUCAAUAACACUGAGGACUUGAGAGCCGCUCAAAAGGAACUACUGACGUGCCUCGCUCCAUACCCAAAUCUCAAGGCGAGAUGGGGGAGAUUUCCUCUUCUCAGAGACUGGUUGGCAGAGUGCGAAGAAUGCAAUGGGCCUGUACUCAUCACGGAUGUCAGGGACACGAUUUUCCAACGAGAUCCUUUUGGUGACGACGCUCCAGCAAUCAAAGGGCUGCAGGUGUUUGAAGAAGAUCCGCGUAUGAGAACAACCAAUUGGCUUGUCGAGUGGCCAGUCACAGAAUGCAAAGGUGUCACCUUUGAUGAACCCAUGUUGUGCUCUGGAACUACCGCGAGCAGCAAGAAAGAAGAUAUGCUAGACUACUUGGACUCGAUGCAUGCAGAAAUGAACGCAUGGAGUCAAGACCCAAAAUGUCACUUUGAAAUCAAUGGCGAUGACCAAUCAAUUCACAAUUAUCUGUUUUAUACAAACAAGCUUGGAAGUAAGGCAAACGCCAUACCCAAUAGGAUGGGUAUCGUCAAUACAGUUGGAGCCCUGGCUCGGGCAGUCAAGGAAGACCAUAUGGCUUACACUAAAGAGAGAGGUGUGCACCACUCGGAAGCUCAAGUGUUCCCUUACCGCGGCACAAAAUUUAAUCUGACAGAAGGGAGAUGGGUUGCAGAGAACUUCCGUCUGACUGACCCAAAGGGCUUUUUCUCCAACCUGGAUGGAACUCGAUCGUGUGUCGUUCACCAGUACGAUAGGUUCGGCUAUCAACUAGAGAGGUGGCUUCAAAAGUACUCUGGGUUGCUGGAUAGCCCAAGCAUAGGAAACUAA